UCCGUAAGCCCCAUGGGCCGACCGCCAACGGACAGCAGCAGCUCAAACAACCAGGGCAGCACACGCGACUUCCCCGGGCAUUGAGACGAUGAGCGGUUGGCCGUCAGAAACACACCCGUGGCAGGAACUGAAGGGGGACGAGGCCGGCGAGACCAAGAAGGCGACGACAGCGGCCGCGCGGCCCAGCGACAGCGAUGGUCAUGGCGUCAGCUUCGACAACGGUGUCACGGCGGUCAGCUACGGGACUACUGCCGGCAGGAUUCCGACCGACGUGGAGAUGGGCCCGUUGGGGACGCACGCGAUAGACUCGGGCGCAGGGCCGCGUGCCGCCCCGUUCGGCUCCGUGUCGGCUGAUGCGGAUGCCGCCGGCGCGGACUCCGGCGUGGUGGAGACGGGCACGGCGCCUACAGCGGCCCAGUACAAGGUGUACAAGCGGCGAUGGUUUGGCUUGGUGCAGUUGACGCUGCUCAACAUUGUUGUUAGUUGGGAUGUAAGUGUAUCUCCUGUUCGUCAGCCGUGCCGUCUGCGUGGUUCAUCCCCGUAAGCUCAGGGGGUUAUUCGUUGGGUUGAAGGAUCCGCCCCUACUUAUUUAUAUUUAUAUCAUCGGCUCCCUGGUCAUGGUUGUGCUCAGUCAGCGCCCCGAAACCAUGCAUAGGUUAGCUUCUCUUAUUACCGAAGCCAAUCUCAUGGCCUGGCGUGUCUGAAUGUUGUUGGGAGCGGGCUUCAUGCCGA